AUGGAAAUAGUGAACACAUGGAAGAUGAAGGCCAAGGCCCAUGCUAUGGGUCGUCGCAAUUCUGGUGGAAGUGCUAGAUUUAAUCCCUUCAGACACAUUUCCUAUGGAUCUCCGAAGCGAGCGAGCACAAUGGAUGCCGCAGAACGAGGGAAAUCAGGUAGCGAAGGCGACACAGCACAACUUAACCCCACUUCGAGUGCCCCAGGUCGUCUCCUGACGCCUAUUCAGCAAUCAGCGAGGAAUAGCAAGGAGCUAGAUGGUAACCAGGAGCAGGGUGAAGUAUACGAUUCUCAGGCGCCAACACUCCCGAAUGAACCCGACGGUGCUAGUAUCCGACAACGUACUACUCAAGACAUUACCUCCAAACCUCAAACACCCAACACCAUCAAGGAGGCUGCCGAGGAAGACAAGUCAAAGGAGAGAAGAAAUACGGGGUUUUUCAAGCAUGUCGAGCCGACCUCUCCUUUCACCGUCUGGAACCAAAUUCAAAGAGUAUUCUUUGGAUCGCCUAUCAAUAUUUUGAUACUGGCUGCUCCUGCGGGUAUUGCGCUACAUUUCAUAGGGUAUGAUGGCAAGGUUGUAUUCGCCGUGAACUUUAUAGCCAUCGUUCCUCUUGCUGCUAUGUUGAGCAAUGCUACCGAAGAGAUUGCCAUGCGAACUGGAGAGGUCCUAGGCGGUCUUAUCAACGCAUCUUUCGGUAACGCCGUUGAAUUAAUUGUGGCUAUUAUUGCCCUCAGUCAGGACCAAAUCAAGGUCGUACAAACGUCGCUUGUUGGUAGUAUCUUGUCGAAUCUUCUCCUCGUCUUAGGAAUGUGCUUUUUCUGCGGUGGCAUAAACCGCAAAGAGCAGUUCUUCAACACGACCGUUGCCCAGACCGCCGCUAGUCUGCUGGCCCUAUCUGUCGGAAGUCUUAUCGUACCCACUGUUUUUGCGCAUACGGAUGACCUGAACUCCGGCUCCAUCGCGCUUCCCGCAAACGCAGUUCCGAGCUUGUCCCACGGUGUUGCCCUUAUCCUACUGAUCGUAUACGCCUCCUACCUCUUCUUUCAGAUGAAGACCCACGUCACGAUGUUCAACGAGCAAAGCCAGAAAGUUGAAGGGAAGCCAAUCUUCAAAAAGAGUCUUCCAGAGGGCGCGAUUGCCUCUGGGGUUGCCAGGGUGGGCGCCGGGGCUGCGCUGGAUAUUCGCAGUGAGAACGGCGAAUCGAACAAGAUGAUGGUGGAUCCUCAUGCAAUGGUGGAGGAAGAGGAGGAAGGGCCCCAGCUAAGCUUUGUCGUCGCUUUCGCUACCCUCAUUGGUGCAACGGUGAUCAUUGCACUCUGUGCUGAAGGUAUGGUGAGCGGCAUCGAGGCCAUUACCGCGACAGGCGCCGUGAGCGAAGAAUUCGUCGGUCUUAUUCUCCUCCCUAUCGUCGGAAACGCUUGCGAACACGCCACUGCUGUUACCGUUGCUAUCAAAGACAAGAUGGAUUUGGCUAUUGGUGUCGCUAUUGGUUCUUCCAUGCAGGUUGCCUUGCUUCUAAUCCCCCUGCUCGUUAUUAUCGGCUGGGGUAUGGACAAGCCAGAUAUGACGCUAGCUUUCGACACGUUCCAGGUCAUCGUCCUGUUUGUUUCCGUUCUUCUAGUCAACUACCUAAUCGGUGACGGAAAGUCACAUUGGCUUGAAGGGCUCAUUUUGACGUGUCUUUACGCCAUUAUAGCUACUUGCGCAUGGUUCUACCCUACGAUCCCUGAAGACUCAUCAGGCUGA